AUGGCUGGUACCAUCUUUUGUGAAGGCUACCUCGAGGACAAGUACCAGGGCAACUGUGUUCUCGACGUCUGUGCCGACCGGCCCGACUACUGCCAGCACAAAGGCGUCUGCGUUGCCGAGCUGGCUGAUGGCGUGACGACGCCGAGUUGUGUCUGCCCCGAGGGUUUCACGGGCCAGCGCUGCGAGAAGUUGUUGCCGCCCAACUGGCCGCCCACGACUUCGUAUCUCGCCAGCCCGACGUACAGUUUCACGUUGCCGCAAUUGGCGUCAGAAGCCUCGCUCUUUUUCGACUGGCCCGACGCCACAUCGACACGACAAAGUGACGCUGACGACGAGACUUGGCCGAAUCUUUCGCGUCCACCCGUCACCGGGACAACGGCCACCGCCUCCGUGACGCGUCAAGGCUACGUCGCUUCGACGCAACCGAGGCCCGGUGAUGCCGAAUGGCCAGAGCUCGUCACCUCCAAAAGUCAACGGCUGCGAGCCUCUUCGACGCCGACGGUCACCGAAAAGUCGGCGUCGGCCAUUUUUGCUGAUUUUUCGUCGUCCCUUUCAGCUGCUCAGGCCUCAGACCGGCCGGCCCAAGCGUCGGCCUCCUUUGCCGACGACACCGACUGGGCCAACGACAUGUCUCCGGGCGAACAAGACGAAGAGAAGAUGGUCAAGGCCACUCCUAUUCAGGUGGGUCCGUUAGUCUCUUUGAGGCAAACAGAGCUCCACAGAUUUUUUACCAUUCCAUUAAUGGAUAUUAUCGGAAAAUUGCAACCCCACCAGACAGUCUAUAUGAAUAAACAUGGCCGGAAGAAGGCUGACGUCGUCGCAUAG